AUGAUUUAAUCAAAAAUGAUAGAAAAUGAAGAAGAUCUGGUUUGCUAAUAUAAACAUAAGCAUCCAAUCUAAAUGGUUUCUUGUGAUCCAUCUCUAAAGAAGAAUUAAAGACUUUUAUGCUCUGAAUGCAUGAAAACUAUAGAUUAAUAAACAAAAUUAAUUAGUUUUUAGAAAGUUUUUUAAAACAUAAUGGAUAAUUAAAAGUUAAAGCAAGAAUCUAUUGAGAAUGCGAUACUGAUAAAUACUAAAUACUUAAAUUAACUAUAAAAGGAAUUUGAUUAAUUAAAAUCAAAUGUUGUUCGAUAAUUAGAUUAAAUAAUUGGAAAUUUAAAAGAAUGGAUCAAACACAUCGAAAAUAUUGGAUAUUAAAAUAUCAAUUAUAGUUUCUUUGAUGAAUUGGAAAAAUUAGCUAAUGAAAAAUAACUAGGUGAAUUUAAUUAGCAAUCUUUUAUUGUUUAAAUCACUUAAACUAAUUAAUCAUGGAAAAAAAAGAUUAUGAAAAAAUUAGAUUAAUUUAAAUAAUUCGAAGAAAGUGUAAAAUGUGAGGAAAUACUGAAUGUUUUAGAUAAUGUCAAUUAAAUGGAUUUGAAAUAAAAUAAUAGAAAUGAAAAAUUGAUGGAAGAUAAUUAAAUUGAACUUAAAUUAAUUGAGGAUUCUAAUAAAUAAGCUGGGUAUAGUUUUUAGAUAGUGUUUGAUAAAACUGGAUCAAUUAUGAUAUCAUCUAAUUAUGAACAAAUAAAAAUUUGGAAUUUUGUAGAAGGAAGAUUAAAAUUAUAAAAUACAUAUACUAUCCAUUAAGAUAAUGUAUUAUGUUUUGUGUAUAGCAAAUAAAAUAAUAACUUUAUUUCUGGUUCAAGAGAUAAUACAAUCAUCUGUUGGUAAUAAAUUAAUUAAAAUGAAUGGCAGUAUUCAGAACCAUUUCAUUAACAUAAUGAUGAAGUUCGUUGUUUAAUUUUAAAUAAAGAAGAGAAUCAGCUUAUUUCAGGAAGUCAUGAUAGAUCAAUAAAAGUUUGGUAGGUAGAUUUUAUAAAGAAUGAACUGAAUUUUCUGUAUUCUUUAAAUAAGCAUACCAAUCAUGUUGAGUCACUUAGUUUGAAUUAAUCUGAAACUAUGUUGGCCUCCUGUGGAGUCAGUCACUUUAUAAUUUGGAAAAAAAAUUCAUAAGGAGUGUUGGAAUUUAAAAAUAAAUAAGAUGUUUCACCUGGAUAUAAAAUACAUUUUAUUAAUGAUCAUCAGUUUAUUUGGGUCACUAAAUCUAAAGAUAUAGAUGAUAUUUUUGUUUUUGAAAAUUAGAAUGGAGUCUUUUAAUAGAAUACAAACAAAACUCUAAAAUUAAUAUAGAAUAACCAAUGUAAUGAUGAAAGCUAUUUCCCAAUUAUACAUAAUCAAGAAAGAAAUUUAAUAUUGGUAAGACAUAAAUAUGAUAUCUAUCUAAUUAGGCAAUUAAAAGAUGCUACUUUUAAGAUUUAUACAACAAUAAAGUUUUAAAAUGAAAGAGUUUAUGGAACUAUGACCAAUAAUGGGUAAUAUUUAAUAAUUUGGGAGAAUAAAGGAGAAAAAUAUAUAUCAUUUGAGAUAUUAAAAUAAUGA